AUGGACGACGAAAGCUUUUUUGGAGCUGAUCUCUUUGGAGAGGAGCAAGUUGCCAAAACCCUCUUGCAGGAUACUGUUCGCACCACGGUUUCGCAGCGGACGGGAAAACGCAAUGGUAUUGGGAUUGUUCUUUUCAACACCAAGAGAAAAAUAUCGUCCAAAAAUGCAAUGGAAGACGACUAUGACGACGAUGAUGGAAAACAUAGUCAAGGAGUUCAUAUAUUGAUGUCAUUAGUCGCGCCCGGAAUAUCACAUGUUCUGGAUUUGAAUCAGUUUUUGGAAAAGGAACGCAAUAUGCAAGAGGAAUUCCAACAAGAAUCUCAGGAAAAUCAAGGCGGCAUUAUGGAGCCAUUGCAAACUGCAUUGGAGGUUUGCCAGGACAUGUUCAAGAAGGCCAUGUGUGUCAAGGAUGGGGCCUCCCACAGUAACUCAGUCGUUGAUUCCAAGUCAAUCUGGAUCUUUACGUCGCACGAUAAUCCAUAUCCUGGAGCCUUGCAGCAGAUGAAAACUAUCGCUGACGAAGCCAAACAACAAAAUGUCAAGAUUAUAGUGUGGCCCAUGGCCAUCGGUGGUAACAGUGAAAUGGAGGACGAUGGUGAUGGUGAUAAUCCAAAGAACUACAACAAUAUAUCGUUUGACCACUCACUAUUCUACCAAGAUAUCGUUUCCGAUGCACCUUUUGCAGGUCCCAUGUCAACAAUGGAAGAGUUCGAGGAAGCCUUGGAGGAACUUCGCCAGGAUUACAAAAAACCACGGCGAGCCUAUUACGGACCGAUGCGGUUGCCAGAUUGGAGACAACGGAUCCUUGGUGAGGAGGACGUGCAAGACAACGAGGGAAAGGACACUGCGAUGAUGAUCGAUUGGUUAAAAUUUGUACAAUUGGCGAAGAAACCAAGCACCGUCCAAAUAGAUUUGCAAACGAAACUGGAGACAAUUAAGGUCACUAACCUGGUUGACGACCAUGGUGAGGUGCUCGCAACAGUCAAGCGAGGCAACACUUUUGAUCAAACAACCUCAGAAACUGUGCAACCUGGAUUACAUCGCAUUCGAACUUUUGCCGACUUUGCUGGAGAAUUGGAUCGAGAGUCGCAGCAAGAUAAUCGAAAUGCAUUCAUUAAUCUACGUGCUGCUAUGAUCCGCAAGAAUGUCCUUGCCAUCGGAGAAGUGCUCUUUCGCGUGGGUUGGACGUCCAAACUCGUAGUCAUUUAUCCAUUGGAAGAGGUGCUUGAUAAAGAGGAAGGCACUCAACGGCUCCCACCUGGACUUAUGGUAGUUCCAUUGCCCUUCGAAAACGAUAUUAGGGAGCCAGAGUUGGACGAAGCUAUGAAGGAGCUCCGCCUUCAAUCGACAAUUGCAGAAGGUUUGGCGGGAAAUGGUGCCAAGUUGGAAGACGGGGGUGCAGCUCCUGGUCUCACUUCCUCUCUUUCCACUAGCGCGAAAAUGAUGGAAAAUACUCCCACUGGCUAUGUUGCCUCAGAAGAACUGGUUCAAGCAGCAAUGGAUGUGAUUGAGAAACGAACUGUCGGCGAUGAUAUACAACUUGGUGAAGAUCUGGAGAACGCUGCAUUGCAGAAAUUUUUCGAUUACAUUGAGGCUAUAGCGAUGGAAGAUACUUUCUUUGAAGCAAGGACUGACUUUGAUACCGAAGUACCUGAUGAGGACGUAUUGAGAGCAGCUGGAAAGCAAAUUGAACGGUUUUAG